CGACAUGAAGCCUGAUCUGCAUGUGCACAAUCGGAGAAAACACACUUGCAGAUCACACGUACACAUUCCACCGAACCUCGAGCCCGGUCAUCCCUGGCAGUGCGAACCAGCAGAUCGCGUGUUCGUGGUCGUUGUGCCCCCGUCAGCGGCCCGUCAGCCGCCUUGAUCCUCAUCGCGCCUUGCAUGGUCAGACGCGCUACAGCCUCGUCCUUCUGUGGUCGCAUACUGUGCACCAUCAUGUGAUGCUGGCAUGCGUACACGAUGACGACCUGCGUCGCCCCCAGAUGCUGUGCAACAUUCACCUACAUGUAUUCUACAUGCUCAUUACAGACUAUGUGCUGAUGUACCAGAGUCAUGGCACCUCCAGUCAUCACCCUCCACCCAGACAGCCCUCCCUCCCAUUCCUACCAGGCUCACGCAUGGACAGCAAUCAUGCAUCCUCUAUCCGUCCUGGUGGUGCCGUCGAGGAGCUCGUGUCGCCGCGUCAUCAAUGCUUCUGCCUGGAACCGUUACACAACGCGACCAUAGUCACACUGGGAGGAUGCAAGGGACUAGAUUCGUCGUCCCCAGCCUCGUGUGGCUGCAUGCUAUUAUACCGUCGUAACGAGGCAGCGAGCUAGGACAGACGCCUUGCAUGCAAAGUCGAGAGAACAUGCCCCUGACUAGUCCUCUGCGCGGACAUGUACUAGAUGGCGAAAAAACAAAUGCAUCUAAUAAUUAUGGCCUACGUAGCCUAGCCUAGCCUCGCCUAGCCCUUGAUCACUUACCCACUGACAUCCAUGACAAACCGUCCUGCAGCGCCGAAUUUCUCCAACGACACAUCAAACACCAACCAAUCGCCCGCCUUGCUCAGCCGCAUCGCAAUCCACAAGAUGCGUUCCACGCGCAGGU